AUGAGUGUGAGGUUUGUGGUGACACAUUCAUCAGGAAGAGCCAUCUCGAGGUUUGCCCGUGACCCGUGCACCCAUUUCCUGGACCAGCGGGGUGAACACCACUUCCGGGAGCCCCAGGGACCCCCUCCCCCAUGGGCGACGCACGGACUCAAGAUCUCCCAUAAUCACCCACCUCUCCUUGCCUGUGACAUCAAGAUCAAGGUCAAGAUCAACGGAAGUAAACAGAGCAACGCUGCGGAGUCUGCCACGCCGCCCACGCCUCCACGCCCACCCAUGCCUCCACGCCCGCCCAGUGCCCCACGCCUCCACGCCCACCCAGUGCCUUCACGCCCAUCCAUUGCCCCCACGCCCACCCACUCCACCCCAUUUCCCGAGAGCAUGUGA